AUGGCCCCGCCGCCCAAACGCACGCGCCUGGCCGAAAAGCCUCGCGCGGGGACGUGCGCGCUCGCGGACCGCAUCGCGCGAUGCGCCAUCGAUGCCUACGCCGCGCAGCGCGCGUCGUGCGGCGUCGACGUCGCUGAGUUUCCCGUGCGCACCGUGCUCGCCGCCUUCAUCUUACGCGACGACGCGCGCGAUUCCCUGCGCGUCCUGUCGCUCGGCGUCGGCACGAAAACACUGGGACGGUACGCGUGCACCACCGGACGCGCGCUCGUGGACUGCCACGCGGAGGUGCUGGCGCGGCGAGGGUUGAAGAAGUUUUUGCUGCGGGACGCGCGCGCGGCGCUUCGCGGCGGCGACGCGAACGACGGCGAUGUCGUCGUGCGGACGCGCGAAGGCGACGUCAAGGUUAAGGAUGGCCUGAGCUUACAUUUAUACGUCAGUUCGGCGCCGUGCGGAAACGCGUGCGUGCGGCGGUGGGCGAAAGGACGGUCGACGAAACGACGGGACGAGCUCGGGACGGCGAACGCGCCGAGCGAACCGCACGAGACGUUGAGUCGAUCGGCGACGGAUGCGGGGCAGGUGGCGCUGUGCGUCAAAGUCAUCAAGGCGAGCAAAGACGAAGACGUCCCUGAGGUCUUGCGCGAUAUGGUGACGCGCGGGGAGCUCGCGGCGGGGACGGCGCCGGCGCGCGGAGACGGCGACGAGGCGUUGACGUGUAGCGACAAGUUGUGCGUGUGGAACGUGGUCGGGUAUCAAGGCGCGCUGCUGCGACGGUUCAUGCGCGAACCUUUGUACGUGGAGACGAUUACUAUCGGACGAAAGUUUUCCGAGCCGCACUUGUGUCGAGCGAUGUGUUGUCGCGUGGAUGGGUUUCGCUCGUCGUGCGGCGGCUUCGCGACGACGCAUCCCGCGUUGAUGGAAACCGCCGUGGUGUUCGACGACGUACCGAUGGACGUGGAAGAGGGGGCAGUGUUUGAAAACCCGUUCGCGAUGAUAUGGUGCGACGGCGACGACGCGGCGGAGGCGUUGAACGGGAAAACGGGGACGUUUCUUCACGAAGACGCGAGCGCGCCUUCGACGUCCAAGGCGGCGCUGUACGAGUUGUAUUUAAGUCUGCUCGGCGAAGACGUCGGGGAUUCGCCGACGUUUACGCUUGAGGCGUACGCGCGCGCGAAGCGCGAAGCCGACGAAAAAUACGACGCCGCAAAGACAGAGUUAUUCGAGCACCCAAAAAUGUUCGAGCCACGACGAGGCUUUGACGGAUGGCACGAGAAAAAGUCAAAGCGCUGGUCCGGGUAUAAGCGAACCGCGUCGCGGAAUUAG